GAGCAGGAGAAUGACCCGCACUAUGAGCCGGUCAUCAAGCUCGAGAAGGAGGUCGAGACAAAGACGAUGGAGGAGGACGAGAAUGUUCUCUUCAAGAUGCGUGCCAAGCUCUUCCGCUUCGACAAGGACAGCAAGCAGUGGAAGGAGCGCGGGACGGGUGACGUCCGACUGCUCGAGCACAAGCAGUCCAAGAAGGUCCGAGUCGUCAUGAGGCGGGACAAGACGCUCAAAGUCUGCGCCAACCACUACAUCACGCCGGAGAUCAAGCUGGCGCCAAAUGUCUCUUCGGAUCGUUCGUGGGUCUACAACGUUGCAGCCGACGUCUCAGAUGGCGAAGCGACCGCGGAGACGCUUGCCAUUCGAUUUGCAAAUUCUGAAAACGCCGAGCAAUUCAAGACUGCAUUCGAAGCUGCGCAGCAAGGCAAGGGCGCCGUCCUCCCGCCGCCGGCUGACGACGAAAGUAGCAAAGCAGAAGCCAAGGAUGCGACCAAGAACGACGAUGAC